CAUGACUUGGUCUCUGCACAGGUUGUGACUUUGUCCUUGUCCUUGACUGGUUCAUCUGCUUGACUGAGGUUAUGGCAACUAUGCUGAGGACACCUGACUGAAAAUGUCUCUACUGGUUGAUUGAUUUAGGGUUAUUAUUUGAAUUGAUGGGGAUUCCAAUCCUGGUGAAAAGAUGCAAAAGACAUGAUUGUGACAGGGGACCAGCUGAGGAAUGCCGAUUAAAUUAUAAUGCUGAGGAAUUCCGAAUGCCUGCCAACUUUCAACAUCCGGGCACUUGCCUGAUGCAAGAUGGCGGGUCAGUUCUGAAAUUUUCCGGAAAAGCAGACAGAAUUUCACAAUCAUGUCAUUUGUGUCAUUAUAAUUCACUCGAUCGACAUGUUAAUACGUUAAAAUUGAAGCUCAGACAACAUGGAUCCGCUUUUGAGUCUGUUUGGUCCCGUCACCGAUGAAACAGAGAUGCCAGAAACACUUCCACCAGAGGUUGAAGAAGGCAAUGUGGAGUACAAGCUAAAACUUGUCAACCCCUCCCAGACUCGGUUUGAGCACCUUGUGACACAGAUGAAAUGGCGCCUCCAGGAAGGUCAGGGUGAGGCGAUCUAUGAGAUAGGAGUGGAGGACAGUGGUGUUCUUGCUGGGCUAACUGAUCAGGAACUUGAUGCUUCACUAAACACACUAGACAGGAUGGCCAAAAACCUUGGUGCAUCCAUCACCAUACUGAGGCAACGUCAGAUUGAAAGUGAUGAGGCUGAGGAGAGGCGUCGUGCAGCUGAGGUCUUAGUCCGACGGGUUCCUGAUGACCAACAUUUUAUUGACCUGAGGAUGGCAGUGUUGGGGAAUAUGGACACCGGGAAGAGUACCUUAUUAGGGGUAUUAACCCAGGGAGAACUUGACAAUGGACGAGGACGAGCCCGGUUAAACUUGUUCCGCCAUCUCCAUGAGAUUCAGUCGGGUCGCACAUCUAGCAUCAGCCAUGAGAUUAUGGGGUUCAAUAGCUCAGGAGAGGUUGUGAACUACAGCACAUGCGGUGACGCAGAAGAGAUUUGUGAGCAGUCUACCAAACUGAUUACAUUGAUUGAUCUGGCAGGCCAUCAGAAAUAUCUCAGGACGACGAUAUUUGGCCUGACUGGGUAUCUGCCGCACUUUGCAAUGUUGGUUGUCAGUGCCACGACCGGGGUUGUUGGUACAACAAAAGAACAUCUCGGUUUCGCCAUCGCACUGGGCAUGCCUGUGUUUGUCCUCAUCAGCAAGAUUGAUAUCUGUCGGAAAAGCAUAGUCAACCGGACAAUAGAACAGCUGGAAAGAAUACUCAAGUCACCCGGGUGUAAGAAGGUGCCAAUGUUAGUCAAGACAGACGACGAUGCUAUCACGGCAGCUUCAACAUUUAACUCAAAGCAGAUCGCGCCCAUCUUCAUGAUCUCGUCAGUUUCCGGUGAAAAUUUAGAUCUUUUGAAGACAUUUUUGAACAUUCUCCCACCGCUGCAGUGUCCUAAGGAAAGGGAGCAAUCUUUACAGGACCAUGCUGAGAUGCAGGUUGAUGUUGUUUACACCGUACCAGACGUUGGUGCUGUAGUUGGAGGUAACAUGUGCCGCGGCGUCAUCAGAGAGAACGACAAGAUGCUGAUUGGACCCACCGAAGACGGCAGUUUCCAUCCUAUUGUUGCACACAGUAUACACCGGAAUAAGCUGCCGUGUCGAGUUGUGCAGGCUGGUCAGGCUUGUUCUUUGGGUCUUCAGAGGUUGGAGCAGAGGCUGCCACGAAAGGGCAUGGUGAUAGUGUCCCCGAGCCUUAACCCACAGGCUUGUAUGAGCUUUGAAGCAGAUAUCUUCCUCUUAUUCCAUGCAAAGUGUAUUUCUAAAGGAUUCCAGUCAACAGUUCACAUCGGCAAUGUGCGACAAACAGCCACCAUAGAGGCUAUGGAUAAGCCGAACAUUCACACCAAUCAAAAGGCACAUGUGGUGUUCCAUUUCAUCAAACAGCCUGAGUUUAUCCGAGUUGGUGCUAGACUUCUUUUCCGUGAGGGCCGAACCAAAGGCAUGGGGGAGGUUACCAAGAUUCUACCAUUUGAGAAACAAGAAUGUAGCCGGUAGAUCCGAUAAACAAAAUGACCUCGAAAAGGCAUUUGGAUCAAGAUUUUGACUUUUACAUCUAUUAGUCAAUAGCUGUACUAUUUGUGUGUAGUUAUCUUUAUAUUCGUGUUUCUAAGACCAACGUUAGAAAAUGCUAACCCAAAUACAUGGUUGUUUUUCUAUUGGUAACCUGUUAAACCCAUAGUCCUAACUGUAAGGUGUUUUUUUAUGCAUUUAACCUAUGUGAGAAGCAAUAGAUUUAAAUCGUUAUGAAGGAUAAAAAUUACAGUUUUUAAAAGUCAAGAGAACUUUAUUGUGUAAAAUAAUCUGUGUUCACGUGUGGGUCUGUCAGAUUUAAGAAAUUGUUUUGCAGAAUAAACAGCAUAAUAUUUUGGUCAUUGUCCAAAAAUAUUCUUACUAUCUUAAGUCGGGGAGGAAAUGAUUAAAAUAGCUCUUGGUACCAAGAUUGUCUGUUUUUUCUUGUGAUUUCAAAAUUUUGUUCAUGCUUGCUUCAUUCACAUGAGUUUCUAUAUUCAUAAGUCAGAACAUAGGUGCUUCUGCUCUUUAGAGCGCCAAUGGUGUUCUUCAGGAGUGACUCUGCUAGAAUCUUCAUUAUCUUACUAUGGUAGUUUUGCUGUGACUGUAAUCACGGGCUCUCAAAGAAUUACUAACUUUGUUGUUUUAGCUUAAUAGUAUUUGUUAAGUCUUCCGUUGAUCUUGUUGCGGUAAUAUGUUGUGGAGUCACGUCAAUAUGCUUUCUCAUAUACAUGUAUUCUGGACACAUUUCAUUACCUAUUGAUCAUGCACAAUAAUGAUUGUCCUUAAAUGUUCAGGCACAAUAACUACAUGUAUGAAAAUUCUUGCACAGUCCCAGUUUUUGGACAAAUACUUCAUGUUUUAAUUUGCAUGUUUGAGUGAUUAAAAACAUCAAUCUCAGUUCAUGCAUCAGAACCACCAGACUUUUUUUUUAGCAAAGUGAGAACCACAUUAUUCUUAUGAAUCACUUAUGUCUAUUUGUUUAUGAUUACAUGUAUGAUAUGCAAUAUAUUUUUAUGGCUUUUACGUCUAGUAAUUUGAAAGUUGGUUUGGGUAAAGCUAAUAUAUGGACACUUAAAGGGGAAGGGGAUGAUUGUUAAUAUCAUUGAUGUGUCAAUGUGUUAUAUAAUGUAAUUGUGAAAAUAAGAAAUACAGGAAGGUUUGGUGACUUUGAUUGGGAUUAGCACUACUGGUCUUCAAAUUGCUGGUCUGCUGCUCUCCCGAUUGAGCUAUCCAAGUUUGCUGAUUAUUCCUGUGAACCUGCAUAUGUCUUCAUAGAUGUACAGUACAUGUACCUGUAUGAGUUGUUGUGAUUUGUCUAAUCUGUCCGAUAUGUGUGUGCCUGUGAUAGGUGAGCUGGCUUUACACCCUUCCAAUAGGAUGGUGAAAUCUCUGCAUUAGCAUUAGCAUUUAUUUGGCAUCUGAGAGGUGCAGAUUUUGAUCCGAGAUUGGCGAGAAAACUGAUAUUUUUCUUGUUGACGUCAUAAAGUCGAGCCAUUAUUUGUUGUUUCUUGGCCUACCAGACAAAAGAGACGGUUGCAUUGCAUUUCUGACUCUGGCAAUGCGAUACGAGACCAAAAUGCCACCUCAUUUAUCAGAUUGAAACCUGAACCUCUCUAUUCAGAAGUAAGACCUGGAGAUACAUGUACACUGCUCAACAUGUUUCAUUACGUUCGCAGUUCCUUUCAUUCUUUGCCAUUGAAUUGAGUUGUAAAUAAUAUGUACAAAUGUAAUUAGUGUGGAUACUUAGAUGUAGCUUCGUAGUAAGUAUGGCUUAAGCAUUUUGUUGUUUCUUCAAUCUUUAAGCAUUCUGGAGAGCUAUUGGGUAAAUCUGCAAAGCGAUUGAACCUUUGUUAUCCAGUGAGAUGAAUACUUGGCAACUAAGGCACUGGUAUUAGUUUAUGUCCUCCCUGAAACGUAUUGUAAGUGUCAAUCAUUGACAUCAAGUUUAUUGCUGGUCUGUUAUUUUUAUAGUAGUGACUAUUUUGUGAACUAGUAUUAUGAUGAAACUUGGGUAACUUUCAAAAGUAUGAAGUUUCAAUUUGGUGUUAAGUAUAAAUAGGUCGCCCUGAAUUCUGAGCUUGAUAUGUUGGCAAUGUAGAUACUUGUACAGACCACAGCACCUGUUGUCUGAUCCUGCUGCUAUGGUGUUUGAUCGGCCGAGCAGUAGGUGCAGGAACCAGUCAACAGCACCUAAAGCAUUGUGCACAAUUGAAGGGAUCACUGCAAGAACCCAGUAACAAACGUUUCAGUCUUUUUGAAUGUGGUACCACUGCCGGUAAUACAAUGAUGUAUACUCAAUUUCAAUGAAUAGAGAGCACUAUGACGAAGAAAAUGAUACCAAUUCAGUAACUUCAUUCCACCAAAAAGUUUGGUUACUGAGUUUUUGUAGUGAUCCCUUUAGUUGUUGGAUUGUAUUUCUAUAUAGGACCUCUAGUAUUCUGUUUUAGGAGGGUCAUUUUAAUAAGCAAUGCAUCUAGGUUUUAAUCCCAUAAUGGCGUAGCUAUAACUAACCUUGAACCUUAUUGGUGUUGAUUUAUUUGCAAAUACAUAUUUAUGAAAAUGA